AUGAAGGAGGUGCAGAGCGCCCUGAGCACGGCGGCAGCUGACGACAGCAAGCUGGUGCUGCUCAGCGCCGUGGGCAGCAUCUUCUGCUGCGGCCUGGACUUCAUCUACUUCAUCCGGCGCCUGACGGACGACAGGAAGAAGGAGAGCACCAAGAUGGCAGAAGCCAUCCGGAACUUUGUGAACACUUUCAUUCAGUUCAAGAAGCCCAUCAUUGUGGCAGUGAACGGCCCGGCCAUCGGCCUGGGGGCUUCCAUCCUGCCCCUGUGUGACGUGGUGUGGGCUAACGAGAAGGCCUGGUUCCAGACACCCUACACUACCUUUGGGCAGAGCCCAGACGGCUGCUCGUCCCUGACGUUCCCCCGGAUCAUGGGCCUGGCUUCUGCCAAUGAGAUGUUGUUCAGUGGAAGGAAGCUGACUGCCCAGGAAGCUUGUGCCAAAGGCCUCGUCUCCCAGGUGUUCUGGCCGGGAACGUUCACACAGGAAGUAAUGGUUCGAAUUAAGGAGCUUGUCACCUGUAACUCAGUUGUACUUGAAGAAUCCAAAGCUUUAGUACGUAAUAUCAUGAAGGUGGACUUGGAACAAGCAAACGAAAAGGAGUGUGAAGUGUUGAAGAAAAUCUGGGGCUCAGCACAAGGGAUGGACUCCAUGUUGAAAUACCUGCAGAAGAAGAUUGACGAGUUCUGA